CGGAUGCGGAUCAGUCCGAAAGGAUCGAGGUAUAUAAGGAUAGCAUGGCAGGAGCACAGGACAUCACAUUCGCCACAACCACCGAACGAAGCACAUCGAUCUGAAGAUGCAGUUGGGAAAAGCUAUCAUUCUGAUUUUGCUGGCGGCCAUCCAGCAAAGCUGCCUCGCUCUCUACAUCAAGAGCGCGGAGAAGAAUCCUGCCAAGACUGGGCCCAAGGACGAUUGGGGCGUCUUCAAGAACACACUCGGACUAAGCCAAGAAAAAGUUGAACUGCUGAAAUCGCAAAAGGAUCAGCAAGGCACUAAGGAGCUGCUCAAUCGCUUCAUUCUGGAGAACCCAAAGGCACUGCCAAAGGCCAAGCCACAACCCGAUCAGUUCAUGGGACUCUACAGAUCCAUUCUCAAGAAGCUGACGGCAUCCAAGCGCAUGCUGAAGACCUCGCUGAACUUUGAACUGGCCGACAGGCCACACAAGACCCUGAAAAGGCCGCGCCGGAAGAUCGCCGUCAAGAUGGUUUCCGAUAUGCCAUCGUGGAAGAUCGAGAGCCUGCUGAACUCAUUCUAUCUGAAGAACGGGAUUCCCCGCAACGCCGAGGAGCACGAUUAUCCCGAUCUGGACAUGGCCAGGGAUACUGAUUACGACUCCGAUAACUUCUACGACGACGAGGGAGAUGUGGGUCUAACGGCCAAGACGCGCCAGAACACUGAGUACGGAUCCUUCCAGGACCUCAUUAUGCAGGCCAAGAUGAACGAGUGGGAGCGGGAGAACGAGGAAACCAAGUUGCACGGCCCCGACAAUGAUGACUACAUCUAAAUCCCUAGACUAUCCGCAAUAAAGGGCUGUGCAAUAGAGGUUCAUAUGCUGGCAUUGGACUUGUCUUUAGGCUAGAGUAAUUUAUAAUGCCAGAAACGCGCUUUAAAUCAAACGAUUGUUUGAGUAUUUAUUAACAUAGCAUAGCAUGUAACUUUCAUAUUUUUUUUCAA